CCAUUUUGGAAACGGGCUGGAGAUGAUUACAAUUUUUGGAUUCGGUGAAUAAGUCAGCGAUUAGGGAAUGUCUGCUCCUCGGAAACCAUGGGAAGGAGCAGUAGUAAACACAAGGUCUAGUGUAGUGCCGUUUGAUUCUCCAUCUCGUCUUCCAUUAGGAGUUGGACCCCCUAGAUUGAAUGCACUUCGCGAUCGUGACUUCGGCAAAAUGGCGAGUUCAACUUCGGAGUCAAGAAAACCUCCACCGUUGCCACCAAGACCUCAAACAUAGAGAUCUAAUGGGGGAUUAAGGUAUGGAGGGUUAAGAUACGGUAAAUAUCUUCCACUUCAAUGCAAACAAUAAUAUCAAGAAGUUUCCAUUACAAUAGUUGGUGACGUCAAAGUACAAUUAAUAGGGACCUUAAGAUCCCAGGACGGCGACGGCAGAGAAAACGUCGCUGAAAAGUGAAUUCGCGUUCUUUCAAUCUUCAUCGCGAUUACUCCAAGUCACUAACUUUUUCACAUGUAGAUUAACCGUCCUAAAGGUAAAUCCCCAAACCAUAUUCAAGUUCAGAAAGAGAGAGGAAAUUUUGUCGUCUCUUGUGUACUUCCUCUGUCAACGUGAAAUUAGGCAUUUUCACGUCGUAGUCGUGCAGUGACGGCAAAGAAAUGUACAAAAAAGCGUGAUGCACGUGCAAAAUUGUGGUUUUGCUAAUUAAACCUAUUGCUUUUGUGGCGUUCCCGCUGCCGUCGCCGUCGUCGGAUCUUAAGAUCCCUAUUGUACUUUGACGUCACUUAAUCUUUGAGAAGCACUCUUUAACUCCUAAUAUAUAGUGGCCAAUGAAGAAUGUUGUCAAAAUACCAAGGAUCUUUUUCCCAAAAGAAAACAUAAACCAUAAUCAGAAAUAUAAGGUGCUACACGUUCAUGUGAUUGGUGACAUCAUGGUAUUUCCUCCACGACUGCUGCAGAAGUUGUAAUGUCAGUCUAAGAGAAACAGUUUUUUCAGUCAAAAAUGGGGUAUGACAGUAGUAAAAUGAAUGUAUUUUUUGAAAACAAUUAUUAUUAACAUUUUAUGUUUAGAAAAUUAACUUAUGUUAAAUAAAAAUUUGGAAUUUCAGGUUAUGGAAGUGGUAUGUAUGGAGGGUAUAGCAGGAUGUAUGGUGGUGGAUUUGGGGGUGAGUAUAACUAGUAUUGGUGCUAGUUCUUCAGAACCAGCUACUGUUAAUCAAAUAAAUUGAAAGACAUUUUACCCUUUAACCGGCAAAGUUCCUGACAGGAAUUGUAUUUCUGGGAUAAAUAUGCUCGUAUUUUGACUUCAACUUCUGUGUUUCAAUUUUAUUCCUAACCCCCAUAACCUAUGUAGCAAAAUGUUCAGCACAAAACAGCCCAUUAAGUGAACUAGCCUGUAAAUAGACAUGUUUUAAUCCAAUUUCUUUUGUGAUUUUUUUUAAUUUCAAACUUGAAUGUGACUACUGCAGAAAAAUUGCUGCUUUCUUCAUAGCAACUAGCCAUUACAAUGCAACAAACAGUCUCAAUACCACUGCUAACCAUACUGCUUCAGAUUCCCAGCUUUUGCUUGCUUGUAAACCAUUUUUGGCCACAAAGAAAGUCUCAUUUCUACAGUUGAUUGAAAAAGAUGAAACAUUCAAGGGAAUUUGUCUUGACAAAAUAUAUAUGGUAAUACAAUGUCAAAGCAUAGGCUAUUGUCAGAAAAAGGGACAGUAAUCAAGAUGCCCUAGGGACAAAUUGCCUUAGCUUAAGCUUUUUGGUGGAGCUUGAGAAUUUGGUGGAAACUUUUAUGUCAUGCUUUUCUAAGAAAAGAGUAGCCAAGCUUUAGCCCAAAAACUUGGCAAGAAAAGCAAAAUACAACUCGAUGGAUGACAAAUAAUAUUUGCAGAAUAUUCCUGACCCAAUAAUUGCUCAUUCUCUGUCCUCCUGGCUCACUGAAUUGUUUGGUUUUGUUUAUAGGAUAAUGAAAGGUACUUCAUUUCACAUGUCCUGGCCUUCUUUGCUGCUAGUGAUGGCAUUGUGAACGAAAACCUGGUAGAAUGCUUUAGUCAAGAAGUCCAGGUUCCAGAGGCCAGAUGCUUCUAUGGUUUCCAAAUUGCAAUUGAGGUAAGAUUAUUUUCUCCUGUUGUAAUAAGCUAUAGUGAUAACUCUGUGUUUUGAGAGAGAAAGAGUCAAGGACUUGAUGAUGUGGGUCAGCUAACUCUUGGGCAGUCCAUAUAAUUUAACACAAGUUUUAGAGCUAAGACAGGAUAGCUAGAUACAACUGUAGAUUGCAGUUUUUAUAUUUUUAACUUUUCUUUUUUUUAGAAUAUUCAUUCAGAGAUGUACAGUUUGCUGAUUGAAACCUACAUUGAAGACUCAGUGGAAAAGUAAGUUCUACCUUUUUUUUCCAGAUCAUUUAACAUUCCAAAGAGUUUGUGCAUUUGCUAAUACAGGAAAACUUUGACUGCAUUUCUUUCAGAGUAUGACACUAGAUAAAGUAUUACUUCAAAUAAAAUGUUUUUGUUUCUAUUUUUAUCUUCUAAGGCAAAGGCUUUUCAAUGCUAUUGAAACAAUGCCGUGUGUCACAAAGAAAGCUCAAUGGGCCCUAAACUGGAUAAACCCACAGAGAGUAAGUCAAGUGAAAUUCUGUUUAGACUUAAAGGUGCCAUAUUAGAGCUGUACUCUAGCAGUGACUGGUGACCUUUCCAAGCAAAAAAGAGAUCUAAGCUUUUACACAAAAUGUAGAGGUAUCAAUUGCACCUAACCUUGUACUCUGAAGGUUUAAAUUCCUUAGUUUUCCAACAAUUUUCCUUAAAGAAACCAGCCUUCCAUAAAAAUGUGUAACUUAAGAUUUUAUUAUUGUUAUUAUUAUUAUUAUUUUCAUGCAUAUGUUUUGCAGUAUUGAGCCUGGCAAUUCUAGAUACAAACAUUAAGAACUUUAUUUCAGCAAGUCUAAAACAUGACUGAUCAUUUUUUUAUUUUUCUAGGCAUCUUAUGGUGAGAGAAUAGUUGCCUUUGCUGCUGUAGAAGGAAUUUUUUUCACUGGUUCAUUUGCUGCCAUUUUCUGGCUGAAAAAGCGAGGAAAGAUGCCAGGACUUACUUUCUCAAAUGAGCUCAUUAGCCGUGAUGAGGUCUGUAGUAAUGCGUGCGAUUUUGAUGAAAGUGCAUCCUCUAGUGUUAAUUUUGAAAAGAUUGACAAGGAUUUUCAAUGGUCCAAAUGACACAAGAUUAGAAUAUGUAAAACUUUAAAUAUCAGGGACUGUAAGCCACCCUAAAAAGUUUUAAACAUUGGCAUUGUUUCUUACUUUGGUGACAUAUAGUACAGUAAAAACCUGUGUAUAAGAAUCUAUUUAGCCUAAAAUCUUCAAUAAGUUCUUAUUUUACAAAAAUGACGGCAAUGAUGAAAAUACAGAAAAAAAAAUUUGGUCUAGGUUACAGUCAGUAAGAUUCAAAGAACCAAAAAUGUAACACGAGUAUUUUAUGGACCCUGUAGCAUAAAAGUGCUAGUACUUUAAUGGAAAGAUAAAUUUGCUGUAUGGUCAUCUUCUAAAUUGUAUUCUAGAUUAUUUAAUACAGCAAUAUAUUCCGAGCCCUAGAAUUUCAAUUCCCAUGGAAAAAAAUUUUUCGGUUCCGUGCCCAGAAUUCAUAACAAUUUUUUGGUUCCGUGAAAAUUCAUGGGAACCCAUCCCUUAAAUGUCUUAAAUUUUUCUUACUCAAAUUUUUUUUUCUUGAUGCUGGAAGUCAUAAACCAGUAAUGUAUAAUGCUUUUUGGGAAUGAUUUAAGAUGGAACUCAUAGAUGCUAAGCAUUUCAGUUGCAUAUUUGAGUCAUAACUAAAGAAUUGCCCUACUAGUUAAGUAUCUUUGUAGUUCUGUGUCAGAGAAGAAAUUCUGUAAAUGGAUCCCUAAGACUGAAAAUGGCACUUGGGAACUAUUUUUUGGUUCUCUUAUUUCAAUGCCACGGUACCUGAAACUUUCGUUACCAUGAAAUCCUAGGGCUUGAUAUUCCAUAUGACAUAUGCCCUGUAGUAGAAGCUGUGCUGAUGGCUAGUCCCCCUAUCAAAUUAAGAACCCAAGUAGCCUAAAAUCCCACUAAUUAAUACCAUUUCUAUAGGAACCUAUUUAGGAUAAAUUGUAAAAAUCUAGGUUCUUAUACACAGGGGUUUACUGUAUUGUCUUAUUAUAUUGGCUAAUAUACUUCGGAUUUCCAACACAUUAUGACGUUUUUUUGCAAUUAUGAACUAAUACUUCUGAAAAUGUGGCUAAAAUAUAUGAUUGUGAUCUAUAACACAGGGUCUUCAUUGUGACUUUGCCUGCUUGAUGUUCACAUAUCUAAAAAACAAGCCAUCUGAAGAAAGGAUCAAAGAAAUCAUCAAGGAUGCGGUUGUCAUUGAACAAGAGUUUCUCACAGAGGCCCUCCCUGUAAAACUCAUUGGAAUGAACCACAACCUUAUGAAGCAGUAUAUUGAAUUUGUGGCUGACAGACUCCUGGUUGCUCUUAAAUGCUCCAAGGUAAAAAUAGCUAAUGUUUGCCUGAUUACUUACCUUGUCAAAAUAUUUUAAACGUGUUUUGUCUAAGUAAAAGUGACCAAACGCUUUAGGGAGUUAAUGCCUUGGUCAAAUCAAAGUGCAAACUUCCUUCCCUACAUGUAUAUAAGCAUUAAUUGUUCUAGCGCUAAUCGAGGAUUAAAUCUCGCUAAUCGCGAAACACAUUUUGUCCCCCGAUUAGAUUAUGUUCCUGAAAGUAUGAUCAACCUUAAUCUAGGAAGAAGCUAAGAGUUAAUUUUAACCCACCUAGCGAGGUCGAUUAAGUCACUAAUCGGGGGAAAACGUUUAUAGAAACAAACAAAAUGGCGGACUUACCGUUGCCACAAAUACGUGAAAAAAGUUCCGACAGCAAGAAAUUGAUACCGAAAUUGAUCUAGACCACUUCACUUUUCGCCAUUUUCCUUUACUUCACCCAUGCCUAAACAUUUUUCGCGCUAUCUUUUUAAAAGCAAUCAUCCCAAAAACUAGUUAAACCGGUUUAUUUUCACACUAAUCUUGGAUUAGUUAAUCGUGGGUUUAUUUCGCUUUCAGGAACUCCUUUUUAACCCACCAUUAGUUAUCCGAGGAAUAGAAAAUUAAUCGUGGAUUUGACGCUACUCUUAUAGUUUAAUCGAACCAAAGCCAGGUGUUUAAAUGCCCCAUCAAUAGCUUUAGUCAAAAUCUUUACCUUAUCUGAACUCUGCUACUGUGAUUAUUUAUCAAGCUGCGUGCAAGUACACCCUAGUUAAAAUUUAUCUUCAGUAUGAACAGAUUAAUUUUUACAAGGGCAGGGACAUAUUACGGGAAAUUAAUAGAGUUACAAAUAUUUUUCUUUUUAUUUUGACAGGUCUUCAAUGUUCAGAAUCCAUUUGAUUUCAUGGAGAACAUUUCCUUGGAAGGAAAAACAAAUUUCUUUGAGAAGAGAGUAGCAGAAUAUCAGAAGUCAGGAGUAAUGAGCAGAAAGUCAUCUACUACAUCAGAACAUGUAUUCAAAACAGAUGAAAAUUUCUAAACCUAUUUCAUUUAUACCAUAAAAAAUGGAGAGAGAAUUCUUUGAAAAAAAAAACUUACCAGAAAUUUGAACAGAAUCACAUGCUUACAUUUAGGUUGUAUAUAUUUCCAUGCUGUUGUCAACAUUGCAUAAAUAAGUUAGACUGUUUUUCUUAGCACCAAAAAUCCUUUUUAUUGGUAUUUUUAAAGUUACUUUACAUAUUUUUUUUAUCAUUGUACAGUUUACAUCUCAGUAUGAAAUAGUUAGCGUUUCGGUGUCAUUAAACAAAGUUUUACU